AUCUUCAUUAUCAAGCGCUUCUUGUCGAACCUGAUAAUUCAUCUUAUUCACCCUAAGUACGAAAAAUGGCCGUCACCUGCUUCACCCAGGAGUUCAGGACUUCGAUUGCUCCAUCAAGGAUGUUCAAGGCUCUGAUCCUCGACUCUCACAACCUCAUCCCCAAGAUUGCCCCUCAGGGUAUUAAGAGCAUCGAGUUCGUUGAAGGAGAUGGCGGUGCUGGAAGCAUCAAGCAGACCAACUUUGCCGAUGGUGGACACUUGAAGUGGCUGAAGCACAGGAUCGAUGCGAUAGAUGCUGAGAAGUUUGUGUGCAAGUACACUCUGAUCGAAAGUGACAUAGCAUUUGAUAAGAUCGAGUCAGUGGUGUAUGAGUUGAAAUUCGAAGCUUCGAGUGAUGAUGGGUCCAUCUGCAAGAUGACCAGCGAGUAUCACAUGAGAGCAGGUGUGGAGCUGAAGAAGGAUGACAUCAAGCAGGGCAAAGACAAAGCCAUGGGACUCUACAAGGUUGUCGAGGAAUACCUUCUCGCCAACCCCGACGUAUAUGCUUAAACAGAGUGUUCUUCACUCUUGAGUGCCUUUUUUCUUUACCUCUUCCCUUUCUUAGGUGUCUGUUCGUUGGCGAAAAGUCAUCAAGCAAGACCAGUAUUUGAGAUUUCGCAGAAUUUCAUUUUGGUAAAUUAACAGAUUAUAUUUCUGUUGUCUGCAAGAUAUCUCACAAAAGAAAUGAAUCAUUCUUGACAUUGUUUCUAAAGCAGCAA